GGGGACCCGCGGUGCGCCCCCGCUGCCGGGCGGCCGCGGCGGAGCGCACAUUGUUGUAGCGGCCCGUCCCUCUCCCCUCCCUCCUCCGCCUCCCGUCCCUCUCUCCUCCCUCCCCAGGUCCCUCCUUCCCUCGUCACCGGCGCUGUAUAAAUCCCCUGCCCCGGCGGAUCCCCCCACCGCGGGAGACCCUGGUACUUUGGCCCCCGGGGCGGGAUCCCGCCGCCGCCUGCGGACCGCUGGGACUUUGCGCUCCCGCCGCGGACCCCUCCUCGCUCUCUUCCUCGCUCUCUCCCUCCCUCCCUCGCACGGUUCCCACCGGCCUCUUCCCUUCGCAAUCGGGGGGCCAGGAUGUCGGAAAAACGCGUCGAGGAGGCACCGGCGGAGCUGAGCGCUAAGGAAAGGAAAGAGAAGAAGGAAAAACUCGAAGAGAAAGCAGUCCACAAAGAAAAGAAGAAGGAGACAGUAGAGGAUGAGGAGAACGGUGCUGAUGAGGAUGAUGAAGAGAAUCCUGAUGAUGUGGAUGAAGAAGAAGGUGGUGAUGAGGAUGAAGAAGGAGACGAGAAUGGGCAAGAGCAGGAUGGCCACGCAGAGAAACGAUCUGCAGAGGAGGAAGAGGAUGAAGUGGAUCCAAAGAGACAGAAGACAGAAAACGGCUCUUCAGCUUGAAGAGCUCCCCUCCCAUCUCCCUUGUUCCGUCCAUCUCUCCUCCUCCAUUCCAGCCUGUGCUUGCACUGCCCGCUAGCCUCUGGCUUCACACAAUCUCAGAUGAGGAAAGAUUAGAAGUGCU